AUGAGAAUAUCUCGGUGCAUUACUCUCCAUCCCAUCGCGUCGACAUCCCUGGCUGUUCUCUACCGGAAACUGAUGGGACGGCAACCCCCUGGCCGUAAGGGUCGUGGUGGCUACUUCAUGGAAUUCAGCAUCUUCUUCCAUCAUAUCCUGCGCGUUCUCGGCUUUCACGUCUACAUGACUGGAAUCCGCGCGCACGAACGGGGUUCCCACGGGGAAUACCAAGGGUUGAUGCACAUCGUCAAUAUCAUCCAUCUCCCCGGCGACGAGCGAUACGCCAUGGACGUCGCGUUCGGCGGCGAUGGUCCCAUCAAUCCCCUGCCCAUGCGAUCGACCCAGACGAUGCAGAACCCGGGCUCGCAGCAGUUGCGACAUGUGCACGACCACAUCCCCAAGCAGCGACUGCACACCCCCAAGCCUUGGAUCUACCAGUACGCAACGGGCCCGAUCUCCCGUGGAACGCCUUCUACAGCUUUGCCGAGAUCGGGUUCUUCCAGGAGAACUUCGAGGUGCAGAAUUGGUUCGCCAGCGACCGCGCCCUCCAUCGCUGGACGGUGCUGGUCUUGCGCUUUCUCCGCGCUGGGGAGCCUUACAUUCGCGGGCCGUGAGCAUCAGACAUGGAGAGACGCGGCCUGCGAGAGGAAGAUCCAGGUCGUCAAAAAGUUCACCAGCCUGAUCUAG